AUGGGUUUUGGCACGUCCACGAUCAAAUACAUUUUGUUUUUUUUCAACUUUGCGUUCGCACUUUCUGGUCUAGCAUUGUUGGCCUUGGGCUUGGUUACUCGGUAUUAUUCGACGAAAACUGAAGAGCUGGCCAACAAAGCAUCCGGAGAUGCGGCUGGUAUGGCAGCUUUGGCAUUCAUCAUCAUUGGUGGAGCCGUGUUCGUUGUGUCGUUCUUCGGCUGUUGCGGAGCUAUCCGAGAGAGCCAUUGCAUGAUCACAAUGUACGCAAUGUUCCUAUUGGCGUUUUUCCUGUUGGAGGCAGCCACUGGAGUUUUCUUGUACGUGAACCGGGGACAAGUGGAAUCGAUCACUCGAAAAUCGUUGAAUACCGUUUUUGAAGAUUACUCUAACAAGUCGGAAUCGCGCGCUUUUGUCGACGAAAUACAACACGACUUCCACUGUUGUGGUGUAGACGGACCGAACUAUUGGACCGAACGCAACGCGGCCGCUCUACCGCACACCUGUUGCCACGAGGAUGGUGGCCAAGGGACGACGUGUUCAAAGGCACAGGCGUGGCAGGAUGGUUGUCUGCAAAAAUCUAUCGACUUAGUCAAGGACAAGUCAGGCAUGCUGUUCAAGAUCAUCACGGGAAUCGCGGGUGGUGAGCUGAUCGGCAUCAUUUUCGCGUUGUGCCUGGCGAGCAGCAUACGGAACGAAGAACGUAGACAAGGAUACGCUUAA